CUCGGGAGAGGGGCGCAGCCAUGCUGAGCCGUUUGGGUGCUUUGCUGCAGCAAGCGGUGGAGACGCGGGAGCCCAGUUUGGAUCUCCUGGAAGCAUUCACGGAGCACUGGAAAGGAAUCACUGGGUACUACCUGGAGGCUACUGACGAGAGCACCCCGGCCAGACAGACAGACAUCCCCUGGCACCUCAGGCAGAUGCUGGACAUCUUGGUCUACGAGGAGAAGCAGCACCCAGCUGGGGAAGCUGGACCCUGCCUGGAGUACCUCCUGCAGCACAAGGUCCUGGAGACCCUCAGCACCCUGGGCAAGGCAGAGUACCCCCCCGGGAUGAGGCAGCAGGUCCUCCUCUUCUUCAGCAGGGUGCUGGGGCAGGUGCAGCACCCACUCCUGCACUACCUCAACGUGCACAGACCGGUGCAGAAGCUGCUCCAGCUCGGAGGCCACCCCCUGGGCUCCAGCACGGAGAAAGAGGAGGUGCAGUUCACAGGAGUCCUCUGCAUGAAGAUCAAGCAGGAUCCCACCCUGCUGACCUACCUCCUGGAGGGCAAGAGCAUCCUGGAUGGCAGGAGAGCCCAGGAGCUGCCAACCAGCCCCGUGGAAGGUGGUGUGGAGCAUGCCCAGGGCACUGCCACCAGCUCCCCCCAGGCUGAGCCCUCCCCAGCACGCAGGGACAGCAACCUCAUCACCUCCUUGGUGGGGCUGUGCCAGAGCAAGAAGAGCAGGGUGGCCCUGAAGGCUCGGGAGAACCUGCUCUUGCUCGUGGGGCUUGCCCAGGAGGCAGCUGCUGCCUGCCUGGUGCAGAGCAGCAACCUGUGCCAGCUGCUGGCAGAGCAUCUCUGUGACCUCUACAGCACUGUGCCCUCCUGCACCCACCCCAACGACAUCCUCUCCAUGGAGAGGAGCAGCUGGAGGUCAGAGGGGGACGGUGCCAGCGAUGAGGCUUUCCCAGGCAAGGAGAACCUGGCUGCCUUCUUCUGCUGGCUGGACUACCUGGAUGAGCUGCUGAUGGGUGCCCACCUGGUUGUGGCAGAUGCCCUCACCGAAGCCGUGGAGGAGAAGUUCUUCCAGGGCCUCCUGCAGCCACAGCUGCUGCAGAUGUCUGAGCUGGACGUCCUCCGGGCCACAGCGCUGCUGACGGGCACGGUGAGGCAGAUCCGUGCCCCCUGCCUGCUCCACCACCUCCUCCUCUUCCUCCUGGGGCCGGAGCAGCAGCACCCUGAGAGCCCAGGGGACAGCCCCCACCCCCUGCGCGCCCAACUGAUCGCCCGCUGCAAUCACCUCUCCGACGAGAUCAGCCUGGCCAGCCUGAGGCUCUUUGAGGAGCUCCUGAAGAAGCCCCACGAGCAUGUGGCACGGAGCCUGGCCCUGAGGAACCUGGAGAUGAGAGGCUACCUGCAGCGCAGCCUCCCCUUGCCCGACGGAGCCCCCGAGCUGGACCCCGAGGAGGAUGGGCUGGAGCUGGAGGAGGAUCCCUAUUUCACCGACGGCUUCCCGGGUGCCAGCUUUGGGGUGGUGCAGAAGGUGCCCCCGGCUGGCAGGGGCCAAGUGAGCGAGGUGGUGAGCAGCUUCCUCUGCCUGGUCCCCGAGGAGGCCAAGACCUCCUGGUGCAUGGAGGAAGGAGGUUAUGACACCUACCUCCACGAUGCCCUGGCCAUGGUCCAGGCGUCUCGUGCCAAGGCAGCCCCGUGGGGGUGGCCCCCAGCCCCCCGGCCCCUCGAUGCCUGCCACCAGGAAGGGACAUUUUAUGAGGGGCACUUCCUCAAGGUGCUCUUUGACAGGCUGAGCCAGAUCCUGGACCAGCCCUACAGCCUGAACCUGCAGGUGACCUCGGUGCUGUCCCUCCUGGCCACCUUCCCCCACCCCCACCUCCACGAGUACCUCCUGGACCCCUACCUCAGCCUGGCACCUGGCUGCCGCUCGCUCUUCUCCGUCCUGGUCAGGGUCAUUGGGGACCUGAUGCAGAGGCUGCAGCGAGUGCCCCAGUUCAGGGCCAAGCUGCUGCUGGUGCGGAGGCAGCUCCUGGGGGUGGUGCCUGGAGAGCAGAUGGACCACUCGAUGCUCUUCAAGGGGGUGGUGGUGCUGGAGGAGUUCUGCAAGGAGCUGGCUGCCAUUGCCCUGGUUAAAGGACCACCGGAGGGCCCCCCCUGAGCUGUGGCUUCCCCACCCAGCAGCUCCCUCUUUGGCCAGGCUCUGGUGGCUACCAGAGGUGGCCCCAACCCUUGUGCCAGUAGCCUCCAGCAGCUCCACUCAGACUGGCACCUCCCCAGAGGUGCUGGCACCACGGGAAGGACACCAGCCCAGCAGCACCCAGCGAGGAG